CUUCGUCAAACAAUUAAGCACAUCCUUGCAAUGAAGGAAAUCCUCUCAAGAUUUUCCAAGAAAAAGUCUGCUCAAUGUGAAAAGUGUGAUGGGCUUAAGUCUGAUAUUGCGAGUCUAAUCGGGAAGGUAAUUGAAAAAGAUAUCCAGAUAUCAGCCCUUGGCAAGUUGUUGGCUCUUAAAGACGAGGAAAUCUCUCGCCUUAAAAGCCAGCAAAACCCGCAACUUAGUGAGAAGAUAGCUUAUAAAGACAAGAAAUUAUCCCGUCUUGAGGAUCAGCAACUUCUGAUAGAUACAAGAAUGAAUAAGCUCAGGGCUGACAUUGACUUUGUUUUGAAGGAAUUUGACGAAGCUGUUAAAAUAAAUGAAGAAGGUUCUGACAAGUAUUCUGAUAGAAGCCUUAAUAAGUCUGAGAAACAUGAAAGACGGGCGCCAACAAGUGGUUUAGCAAACCGACAUGAUGACAAACCCCAAAGCACAACCCUUUUUCCUCAUACUUACGAGAGGUCUCCUCCUUAUUUUCCCACUUUAAAAGGCGGUUCAUCUUCGCUAAUGGAGGAAAACAUCAUGGUAGCGGCUUCAAGUAAAAAUGAUGAACCUCCUUCCAGCUUCUCCAUGUUUAAUGACGAUUCAACUCUGCCCACGGAAGAAAACAUCACGGUGGCACCUCGUAGUGGUAGAACGGCAUCUCUAACUAGCAACUCAUCUCGAACCACAGAACAAAACAUCAAGGUGGCAGCUCCAUUAUCUAGUCAUGAUAGACUUCCACCCUAUGUUCCCAGAUUUCAUGCAUCUCCAACAGCAGAGGAAAACAGUACAGUGACAGCUCCAAGUAGUGAUCAUGCCAAUGGAAGAGCAAACGGAGAUGGAAAACUACAUAUUUUUGACCAUAGUCUUUAUGGUUUUCAUAGACCUCCUACUCCUUAUCCCUUUUAUGUCCUGAAGAAGAAAAACAAUAACAAUGUUAAAUAGAGUAGCAACAAGCAACGAGAAAAAUUUGGAGUCAUAAGAAAUACUACGUCCUUCAAGCAUCUUUACCACUCUUUCUUCUUUUUAUAUCAUACUUGUAGUUACUCACGAAAUAUUGAAUAAAUUAUUUAACAGUAUCAAGAACUAGUUAAUCAUAACAAUAUAC